AUGCCUCUCAAUCACCCCAUAUAUCAUAAGGACGAAACUGUGCUAUGUUUUCACCAUGAUAUCCUUUAUGAAGCCAAGAUAAUAGCACUGCGGCUAAGUGAUCCAGAAGAUCGAAAGAGUCCUUACGAAUAUCGAGUCCAUUACAAGGGCUGGAAGCAUACGUGGGAUGACUGGGUUUUCCAAGAUCGACUUCGAAAAGCCACAGAGGACAACAAAGAGCUCGCCGCCACGCUGAGACGUGAGGCAGAGGCCGCCUCGCGCAAGAAAUCUAAAAAGAAGAAGGCUGCAGCGGCUUCUGAUCCGGGUUCCAACAUUGGGAGUGAUGACAGGCAAUCAUCUAUCCCAGCCAGGGGAACCAAGCGAGGAAGAGAUACGGAGAUCGAAAAGGAGGACGAGUUUAAUGCACGCCCAUCUAUUCGCAUCGUGAUACCAGAUAACCUCAAAGCACUCCUUGUGGAUGACUGGGAAUAUGUUACCAAAAAUAACCAGCUUGUCCCACUUCCAGCCAAAGGACCAGUUUCCACCAUACUCGACCAUUACUUUGAAGAAGAAAAGCCCAAACGGGCCAGUCCUUCGGAUAUCGAUGUGCUCGAAGAGGUAGUGGCUGGAAUUAGGGAGUACUUUGAAAAGUCCCUCUCCAAGAUUCUACUCUACCAGUUUGAGAGGCAACAGUACCAGAUGAUAAGCAAUAAAUGGGAAUCUGCAGCAGAAGGAUACAUUGAUAAAGGGCCUUGUGAGGUGUACGGUGCUGAGCACCUUGCUCGUCUGUUCGCAUCCCUACCUGAGCUUAUUGCGCAAACAGGGCUAAGUCAGCAAGCUACGCAGAGACUGCGAGAGGAAUUAUCAAAGUUCUCUAUGUGGCUUAGCAAACAUUCCGAUCGUUAUUUCUCUGCCAAAUAUGAUGCGCCUAGCAAAGAAUACAUUGACAAGGCGAAGGGCGUAAACAGCCAGGAUGUUCCUGGCACUGCAACGGCUCGCCUAUUUGAAAUGGACAAGCUUGAGAAAUCCGACUAG